UUUUUAAUAAAUAGGAAAAAGAGAUAACAAAAAGAAGAAAAGCUACCCCGCGGGCGUCGACGUCGGGAUUCAGGACGAAGAAAGAGAGAGAGAGGCGAAGAGGGUUUGAAACUUUGAAGCUCAGCUGAUCGCGAAUUAGGAAUUUCUUCCAGAUUGCUUGAAAAGCGUGGGCGUCGAUGGAGGUACAGACAUGUGGGAAGCCCAUUGACUCGUUGCUCGAGAAGGUGCUCUGUAUGAACAUUCUAUCUUCCGACUACUUUAAAGAGCUUUACCGGUUAAAGACCUACCAUGAAGUUAUUGAUGAAAUUUACAACCAAGUAGACCACGUUGAGCCAUGGAUGACGGGGAAUUGCCGGGGCCCGUCCACCGCUUUCUGUCUGCUUUACAAGUUUUUCACCAUGAAGCUCACCGUUAAGCAAAUGCACGGUCUCUUAAAGCACGAAGACUCUCCUUACAUAAGAGCGGUUGGGUUCCUCUACUUGAGAUAUGCUGCAGACCCGAAGACUCUUUGGAAUUGGGUUGAACCCUACAUUAAAGAUGAGGAGGUAAAUGAAGCCCUUUUCAUUGCUCUUAUUGACUUAUAAUAGAUUGCUUAUGUAUUUAGUUUUCAAAAUUUUACUUUCUUAUCAUAUCUGUGGAGCUACUUUGCUUUAUAGAUGCCAAGCAUGCCCUUCUUUGUAGUUAUCAAAAAUGUUAUCUGGAAAGGACUUUUUCCCUUCUGGAAUGGAUGUUUAUGGUUUACGGAAUCUGAAUUGUGAGUGAUUCUCUGGUGCAAUUCUGCUCGAAUU